GCGUUUUGACUGCGAGUCCUUUUUGUCCCCUACUGCGUGCGGUGUGGCUUCCCGGCGGACGUGCUGACUGCGAAGCAAAAUGGCAGCCACUGCGGCGGUUCCCGGCGUUGUAGGCGGCCGAGCGAAUAAACGCGGCGGCGGCUCGGGCGGCGGUGGAACCCAAGGUGCGGAGGAGGAGCCGCCGCCGCCCCUCCAGGCAGUUUUAGUGGCCGAUAGCUUCGACCGCCGCUUCUUCCCCAUCUCCAAGGACCAGCCUCGGGUCCUAUUGCCCCUGGCCAAUGUCGCGCUGAUCGACUAUACUCUGGAAUUCCUGACUGCCACGGGUGUACAGGAAACAUUUGUCUUUUGCUGCUGGAAGGCUGCUCAGAUCAAAGAACACUUACAGAAAUCCAAAUGGUGCCAUCCUACGUCCCUCAACGUUGUUCGAAUAAUCACAUCAGACCUGUACCGAUCACUAGGAGAUGUCCUCCGUGACGUCGAUGCCAAGGCCUUGGUGCGCUCUGAUUUCCUCCUGAUAUAUGGAGAUGUCGUCUCAAAUAUCAAUAUUUCCAAAGCCCUGGAGGAACACAGGUUAAGAAGGAAGCUAGAAAAAAAUGUGUCUGUCAUGACGAUGGUGUUCAAAGAGUCCUCACCCAGCCACCCUACACGCUGCCAUGAGGACAAUGUGGUGCUAGCUGUGGAUAGCACCACAAACAGGAUUCUUCACUUCCAGAAGACCCAAGGCCUCCGCCAUUUCUCCUUUCCUUUGGGCCUGUUCCAGGGCAGCCUAGAUGGAGUGGAGAUCCGAUACGACUUGUUGGAUUGUCACAUCAGCAUCUGCUCUCCUCAGGUAGCUCAGCUCUUCACAGACAACUUUGACUACCAAACGCGAGAUGACUUUGUGCGAGGCCUGCUAGUGAAUGAGGAGAUCCUAGGAAACCAGAUUCACUUGCAUGUGACAAGUAGGGAAUAUGGUGCCCGGGUCUCCAACCUACACAUGUACUCAGCUGUCUGUGCUGACGUCAUCCGCCGAUGGGUCUACCCUCUUACUCCAGAAGUCAACUUCACUGACAGCAAUACACAAAGCUACACUCAUUCCCGACACAACAUCUACCGAGGGCCUGAAGUCAGCCUGGGCCACGGCAGCGUCCUGGAGGAAAACGUGCUUCUGGGGGCUGGCACUGUCGUUGGCAGCAACUGCUCCAUCACCAACAGUGUCAUUGGCCCUAACUGCCACAUUGGUGAUAAUGUGGUACUGGACCAGGCCUACCUGUGGCAGGGAGUUCGAGUGGCUGCUGGAGCACAGAUACACCAGUCUCUGCUCUGUGACAGAGCUGAGGUCAAGGAGCGAGUCAUACUGAAGCCACACUGUGUCCUCACUUCCCAGGUGGUAGUGGGCCCAGACAUCACGCUGCCCGAGGGCUCGGUGAUCUCUUUGCACCCUCCAGAUGCAGAGGAAGAUGAAGAUGAUGGCCAGUUUAGUGAUGAUUCUGGCGCUGACCAAGAAAAGGAAAAAGUGAAGCUGAAAGGGUACAAUCCGGCAGAAGUUGGCCCUGAAGGCCAGGGAUACCUCUGGAAAGCUGAGGAUGUGGACGAGAAGGAAGAUGAGGAGCUGCGGCAGAGUCUCUGGGGACUCAUGAUCAAUACGGAGGAGGAAAGUGAGACGGAAAGUGAGCGGAGCGUGGAUCCCGAGGAGCUGGACAGCCGAGCAGGCUCCCCUCAGCUGGAUGACAUCAGAGUUUUCCAGAACGAGGUCUUAGGAACGCUGCAGCGGGGCAGAGAGGAGAACAUCUCCUGUGACAAUCUAGUCCUGGAGAUCAACUCCCUCAAGUAUGCCUACAACAUUAGCCUAAAGGAAGUGAUGCAGGUCCUGAGCCAUGUGGUCCUGGAGUUCCCCCUGCAACAAGUAGAUGGCGUGCUUGACCCAAACCGCUACUGUGCCCUGCUGCUUCCUCUGCUCAAAGCCUGGAGCCCUGUUUUUCGGAACUACAUAAAGCGCGCAGCUGACCAUUUGGAAGCAUUGGCGGCCAUUGAGGACUUCUUCUUGGAACAUGAAACUCUUGUUCCUUCCCUGGCCAAGGUCCUGAUGGCUUUCUACCAGCUGGAGAUCUUGGCUGAGGAAACAAUCUUGAGCUGGUUCAGCCAAAGAGACAUAACUGACAAAGGCCAGCAGUUACGUAAGAAUCAACAGCUGCAGAGGUUCAUCCAGUGGCUGAGAGAGGCAGAAGAGGAGUCAUCCGACGAUGACUGAUGGUGACUGCCGGAUCCAUGCAUCUCACUGGCUGUCCUAGCAGAUAGGGCAGAACAAGAAAGCUAGCUACAAAAGCAUGAGCGGCCACUACGGACUGAGAAUUAAUGGAACGGAAGUUGCAACUACAGUAUUCUUCCUACUGCUGGGAACCAUGUGCUUCUCGUCCUGACUGAAGUAGGAUGAAGGAAGUUAGACUGAACUAGGGGAAAUAUAGACAGACCCUGCAGUUGGGGGUUGGCCAGAGGAAGCACUUUGUGUUCCAGCUUUCCCUCAGGGAGCAGUAAAGAGCAGCUGAUACUCCCUGUUGUUUGUAUUUGCUGAUAUUAUAAAGAGGAGUGUACGGGCUUCUCUAACUCCUCCUCAUCAGCCAGGUAAGGACAAAUAUGCACUCACUAGGCUGCUUUUAGCCAACAUCUGGAGGAGAGGGAGAAGAGUCGAGGUGGCCACGAGGCGGUGCUAUGCUAAUUGACUCCAUCCCCUGAAUCAUGGGACAUCAGUGGCCUUCCUCCAAAGACCAGUCUGUAACCCUGCCGUGCUGCCAGAGUCCAUUUCCAUAGCUUUCCCUGGUCUGAGCAUUCUUCUGCCCAAGGGUGAGAGUGCCAGGCAUAUCUGAAGCCAUCUGCUGUUCCUCUUGCCUUUUCCAGUUGGCCCACUUCUGGUUCUGUCAGACACUGGGCCACAUUCAUCUUAAAGGAUAAGGAAAUGCAUCCAGUGUGGUAGUACACAUCUUUAAUCUCAGUACCCUGGAUGGAAGAGAUAGACAGAUCCCAGAGUUCAAGGCCAGCCUGGUCUAUAAGAGUUCCUAAACAGUGAGUGCUACACAGAGAAACCCUUUGUGUAUACGUGGGAGACAGAGGAGAGGUGGAUUAAGGAAUGUUCCUGAGAUGUUAUGAAUCUUACACGGCAUAACUAAGAACCUUAUAGAACUCUG